GGAGUGACACCCAUCUCUAAGAGCGCUAUGAUUGCUCGCCCCCACCUCGCUUCAUUUCUAUGCGUAUAUAUCUCUGUCGUUUCGAUACCCUCCCCGCCCCCCAAACAAAUAUCAUCACAUUUUCUACUUGCACACUUAAUAUAGUCAUGUCUAUCCUACACUCUCUGCUUUUCAUCUUCUUCUUCCUCAUUGCUGAUUCUCUCAAUGCCCACCAAGGGGUGAAAUACGAGCUCAUUCACCGCCACGAUCUGCAUCCCGGCCCCCUGGAGCGCCUGCGGGAGAUAGCGCACAGCGACGCGAUUCGCGUGCGCGCGAUAUCGAGGAAGGUGAGGCUAAAACAGGGCGCGGGGAGGCGGCAGGCCCGGGAGAAUCGGUACGAGCCGGCUUGCAACAAUGGGAGCCGAGCGGAGCAUUCUUCCGGCGAGCUUCCGAUUAAUUCCGGCGCCGACUACGGCGCGGGGCAGUACCUGGUGAAGAUGAGAGUGGGAUCGCCGGCGCAGAAGGUGGUGCUGAUCGCCGACACGGGGAGCGACCUGACUUGGAGCAGCUGCAGAUACAAGUGCCGCGGCGCCAGAUCAUGUGGGCCCACCCACCGCCGCCGCGUCUUCCGCGCGGAUCGCUCCUCCUCCUUCAGGACCGUCCCCUGCUCUUCCACAAUCUGCAAGACUGAUCUUGCCAAUCUCUUCUCUCUCUCUCGCUGCCCUUCUCCCCUCGACCCAUGCUCAUAUGAUUACAGGUACUCGGAUGGGUCAGCCACGCUGGGCGUAUUCGCCAACGAGACCGUCACGUUCAGCCUGGCCAACGGGAGGAAGGCCAGGCUGCACGACGUCCUCGUUGGCUGCAGCGAGUCCGCCCGCGGCCAGAGCUUUGUGGCCGCGGACGGCGUGAUGGGAUUGGGAUACAGCAACUACUCGCUGGCCGUGAAGGCCGCGGCGAAAUUCGGGGGUAAGUUCUCGUACUGCCUGGUGGAUCACUUGAGCCCCAAGAAUGUGUCGAGCUAUCUCAUAUUCGGGUCCCACAAGGAUGUGAACAUCUCCGUGGUGAGAAUGCGGUACACGGAGCUCGUGCUGGGCGUGAUCAAUCCGUUCUACGCGGUCAACGUGAAAGGCAUCUCUGUCGGGGAUAUCAUGCUCGAUAUCCCGGACGAGGUGUGGGACUUGAGCGGUGUUGGUGGGGCGAUCGUGGACUCGGGCACGAGCCUCACGGUGCUGACGCAGCCGGCUUAUCAGCCCGUGAUGGCUGCUCUGCGGGAGUCACUGCAGGGCUUCAAGCGGCUCGAUUUGGAUAUCGGGCCGCUUGAGUACUGCUUCAACUCGACCGGGUUUGAUGCGGCGAUGGUGCCAAGGCUGGUGCUGCAUUUCGUGGAUGGGGCGAGGUUCGAGCCGCCGGUGAAGAGCUACGUGAUCGAUGCUGCUCCCGGGGUGAAGUGCCUUGGAUUUGCGGCCGCGGCGUGGCCGGGGGCCUCCGUUGUUGGGAAUAUUUUGCAGCAGAAUCAUUUCUGGGAGUUUGAUAUUGGCAAGAGUAGAUUGGGUUUUGGUACCUCCUCAUGUGUUUAGUAGAGACUUAAUUUGGCCUCAUUCGUGUUCGUGUUGAUAAAGCAGUCAUUCUGCAUUGUAAAAGUCGCAAUCCAUUCCCUUUCUCAUUCAAAUUUGUAUACAUAGAUUGAAGGAAACCAUAAUUGUUUCAGGACU